AUGUUUUUGACAAAUGUGUUACUGAAAAAAGUAAAAUCCAAGCACACUAUGGUGCUAAUGGAAAGCAUGGUAAGCGGUCACAAGUACAACGUAUUCAGAGAACGUUUAGCGGACAAACUAGAACUUGUGCAUUUCGACCCUUGGAUAGGCCAAAUGUCCGUGUACAAGGAAAGGAAAAAGAUAAGAAGUGCAAACGUUAAGAGGUUCACAGAGCCUACGUAA